UUUUUGAAAAACCAGUGACCAACCCCAGGAGGGGCACAGCCCCCUCCUGCACCCCCGUUCCCCUACACAGAGGCCAGGAGGGGUGGUGGCUUGGCAAGGUGCCUCACCAGUCAACGAGGGAAGUAGGCUUCAGGGAGGGACACAGAGCUCAGGUGGUUUCUGAGGGGCUGAGCAACCAGUCAGGCAGGCCUGAGUAGAGUGGAGGCAGGUGAAGGUAGAUGCGUGGGUGGGCACAGUGAUGGCAGUAGAGCUGUUUUUGGACCUGUACUCACCCCCCUGCCGUGCCGUCUACAUUUUUGCCAGGAAGAAUGGCAUCCCCUUUGAGCUGCGACCUGUGGUGCUGACGCUGGGAGAGCACCUGAAGCCUGAGUUCCUGAAGGUGAACCCCCUGGGGAAGGUGCCUGCCCUCAGGGAUGGGGACUUCCUGCUGGCUGAGAGUGUGGCCAUCCUUCUAUACUUGAGUCGCAAGUUUCAGACGGCAGCACACUGGUACCCAACUGAGCCUCAGGCCUGCGCCCGCGUUGAUGAAUACCUGGCGUGGCAGCACACGGCGAUCCAACAGCCUGCCGCCAAUGUCUUCUUAUGCAAGUGUCUCUUGCCCUACUUCUCUGGGCAGCCUGUGGAUGCUGCGAAGCUGGAGCGGCUGAUGGGGAAGCUGACACCCUCACUGCAGCACCUGGAUAGAGUGGUCCUGAUGGCCAAGCCCUUCCUGGCAACGGAGCAAAUCUCCCUGGCAGAUCUGAUCACGCUUGUGGAUCUGAUGCAGCCCACUGCAGUUGGCUGCGACCUCUUCCGAGACUGGCCCCGGCUGGCAGCGUGGCGGGCCCGUGUGGAGGCUGCCCUGGGCCCUGAGCUUGUCCAGGAGGCCCACAAGCGUGUGCUACAGCUUCGUGACCCCCAAGAUGCCCCACGGGAUCCCCAAGUGGUCCAGCAGCUGGUGAAGCGACUGCAGGAGCGGCUCCGCUGAGAGGGGUACAGUCUGCUCCCCAUUGUUCUUUUAUUCUCAAUAAACAUGCUGUGUAC